AUUGGACUGGCUUUCCAGUCUGUAACGGUCAGUCGGUAGUGUCGGAUCAGUCGAACGGAGAACACACGCACACACACACGUGGGACGGGAUUAGUGGAGUUCUCUUCUUCUCUUCUCCUCUCUUCACCAUUCUACAAACAGCCAAACCCUCUACAGCUGUCUGUGUUCUAGUGUUUAACUGUGGUCUGAAAGCAGCUAACGGACGUCUUUUUUGUGUGGUUUCGGAAAGAGAGGUUUAAACUGAUUCUAAUCUAUUCCAUCUACGAACAAAGGCCAAAGUGAACCAAAUACGAAACAAAUCACGGAUUACAAUACCAUCCUCUACCAAAGAUCAUCAUACUUUGUAGGAGUUUCAUCGAUAUAAGCAAAACUUGUGGCAGCAUAAAGCGAACUACAAUUGAACAACAACGACGACGCCGACGCCAACGUGUCUCCCAGCGGGCCAACUUGAACCGGAAAUAGCCGGUGCCGACGAUAUUUGCAGCACAAUCUAAAACAACCAACACAAGGGCCGCGACAAAAUGAGCAAAUUCUAUUCGAUUUUUAUGCAAAUGUGUGUGAUCGCCGCAUCGAUGCAGACUGGCCUUUGCAUCAAAUGCUACAACUGUGACUCCACCAGCAACGAAGAGUGUAUGGAUCUGAAGCGCAACUCUGCCAUCGUCGCCGAGACGUGCACUCCGAGCAAGAUGGCCGCCACCACCGGUAACUGGCUGGCCGAUCUGACGCGCAUUGAGUACUUUGGCGGUACGGAAAUUACUGUCCCGAUGGUGUGCCAGAAAAUUGUCGCCUCCAACGAAAAUGGCGAUACGAUGACGUACCGGGGCUGCCAGCUUGACGGUGGCAAAACCGACCCAUGCCAGAUUGCGUACGGCAAGGCGAAGCUGCAGCGGGGCGUCAAGAUUGAAUCCUGCUCGAUCUGCAAGGACGACGCGUGCAACGGUGCAACCCGGCUGGCGAUGGGUCCCACGGUUUGGCUGCUCAUCGGGGGCAGCAGCCUACUCGCGCUGAUUGGAUUCACCUCCCGCCGGCAGUUCCUGUAAAACCUGCUCAUCCUCACCAUCUCUUGGAGUGUGUUCUCCUUCAAUCGUUUACAGCUCUGGCCCUGCUGGAGCUGGAGUGCACCCAACCCACACUACACCAACCUGUACAUAUAUGGUAUCGAUUGACUUCGGAUCGAACUCAAACUGGCAUUAAUGCACUAAACCGCCCCUGCGCCAUAUUAUGACGCUAUUUGUAAGGCACAAAACCACAACCACCACCACCAUGAUAUGAGUAAAGGAGAAAAAUGUUGUAAACCACAAUCUGUCACCCUAAAAAUAGGCCCUCCACCCUUUCCCCGCUCGCUUAAUCGGCUCUAAAUUAACAACAGUUAUCAUCCAUGCCUUAGCCGAUGCCAGUGAGUCACACACCAAUUUAAACGGUUGCGCGGGCAAGUGGUCGGGCGUAAUCGCUUAUUAUGAUAAAAAAAUGAGUCACAACAGUGCAGAGCACGGUGCACGGUGUAGUAUGAUCGAUUUUUUUUUUUUGCUCUUUUUCGGGAGACACGCUAGUGAUUGAGUAGAUAAAGUUAUGAACAGCAUAACUCUGGCUACUGCCCGUAGAGCAAACUAUAUGGCAGCCUGCUGAUAAACCUGAUGCGAAUAGAUAACGAAGGUGUUUGAGUGUCGGUGACACUCGGUAAGGGAAGCAAGCAGCGAUCAGAGGUGUGCUGUGCGCUGAUAAGGGUGGUCUAAGUUUAAGAUCUUUAAAUUACGAUAAACGGAAAUAGAGAAAUAGAAUUCACACAUUAUUGAUAAUUAGAUGGGCAAGAAGAAACGGGGAGAGAUAAACUAAAACAAACAACAACGUAGUAAACUAUUGGAAUAGAGCCCCCAUAAGGUGAAAUUCACGCAUAUGCCUUCAUUCGAUCAACCUAACAACAAAACAACCAAAACGAACAACAGCACAACUUGUUGGGAAGCAUAAGUUAAGAUUGUCACACAUUUUCGAACAUAAGCUAAACAACACAGACACAUUUGAGACCGUCGCUAGAGACCAUAUGCUAGCAACUACUCUUUGGCAAAUGCUUUAAAAAAAAAUGUUGCUUUCAGCACAAGCAAACAAACAAUGUCAUGUUAUUAGAAAUUCUUAAAAUACUAAACACACAUACUAUCACCGUAAUAGUAAGAGGUAAAGUUCGCGAAUAAAAACUAAAACGAUUGCAGAACAUUUUGCGCUGCAUUUUUCCGUUUGUUGUUUGGCACAAUAAAUAUUAGACGUAAAAUUCUAGCAAGAACCGACCGUGAAGCUAGAACUAGGUUCUAUGAGUAAUAACGUACCCAAAACACGAAAGCACAAAGCAUUUAGCGCGGACCCGUGUGUUGUGUAGGUGUUUACUACCCCCCAAACGUUAGGCACCCGUAGGCACGAUCAUGAUCAUGGUAGUGUAGUAGAUGGUGGUAGUUGUCGUAAAUGGCGCCAAGGCGCUUCAACACCAGCCAAGAAGGCACACGAAUGAGUCUCAGUCUCAAGCAGCAGCAUGUAGCAUCACCAGAAUGAUAAGAAGUGGAGUUUGUGAUCCGUUGUUUUUCUGUUUUAAAUAAUAAAAUAAAUUGUUAGUAAAAUGUUAUGUUUCAAAAUUUAA